AUCCUCCCCGGUCUCUGCGUGACGUCAUAACACCGCGACGCCAACCCCACGCUUCACGUUCGGAGAGCGUUUGGUGUGGUGUUUGAUUGAGAUUAGCCAGAAUCAAAACGCAGAGAUGGCAGACAAUCAGGAAAUGUCUCUUUUGGAGAAGAAGGUGGUGGAACAGAUUGAGUAUUAUUUUGGGGACCACAAUCUCCCUCGAGACAAGUUUCUGAAGGAGCAGCUGCAGUUAGAUGAUGGCUGGGUCACUCUGGAGACAAUGCUGAAGUUUAACAGACUGAAGAGUCUCACGUCAGACGCAGCUCUUAUUGUGGAGUCGCUGCAGAAGUCUAAAACAGGUCUCCUGGAGAUCAGCGAGGACAAAACCAAAAUAAGACGAAAUCCCAACAAACCUCUCCCAGAGGACAACGAGGAAUACAGGGAUGCGCUCAAACACAAAUCUAUCUACAUGAAAGGUUUUCCUCUUGAAACCACACUGGACGAGAUUAAAGAGUGGUUUGCAGAUAAAUGCACGGUCGAGAACAUCUACAUGAGGAAAGGAGUGCAGAAGACUUUCAAAGGAUCGAUCUUUGUGGUUUUAGCAUCUGAAGAAGCUGCCAAGGCUUGUGUGGAGCGCACUGAUGUCAAAGAGUACAAAGGGAACGAGAUAAUCGUCAUGAUGAAAGAGGCCUACUUUUCUAAAAAGUUUGCUGAGAGGAAGCAGAAUCGUGUGGAAGCAAAAGCUAAAGCAAAAAGUGAAAAGGAGGGCAAGCAGAAACAAGCUGAAGAAGAAGAGCUGAAAUCCCUGAAUGAUCAGAAAGGCUGUCUGCUGAAGUUCUCCGGUGAGUUGGGUCAGACCUCGAGAGAGGAUUUCCACGAGAUCUUCUCCAAUCAUGCUCGGAUCAAAUGGAUUGAUUUCACCAGAGGAGCUAAAGAGGGCACGAUCCUGUUCCACUCGAGCGCCCAGGAGGCCCUGCAGAAGGUCCGAGAGGCUCACGGAGGACAGGACCCCAAGGUUAAAGAGCAGGAUCUUCAGUGGGAGGUACUGGAGGGAGACGUAGAAAUGGAGAUGCUGAAGAAAAUCAUCGAGGAUCAGCAGGAGUCCCUGAACAAACGUAAAGGAGGCCGAGGAGGUCACAGGGGUCGUGGACGAGGCAGAGGAGGACGCAGAGACCGAGGAGGAAGAGAACAGACCCAGUUCAAGGGAAAGAAGACCAAGUUUGAAAGUGAUGACGAGGGAGAUGAAGAGCAAGCCAGUCAAAAGAAGAGACCUCUCGACUCAAAUGGGGAAGAUAAUGAAGAGCCAGCUUCCAAACAAGUGAAAAGCGAGAACGGAUCUUAAGGGCAAAUAACUGUGGCCUUAUUUUUCUAUAGUAGAUGUUCCCUAGAAUCAAGAAACCUGGAAAAUGCUUUCUCAGACCACUUCCUGCAGUUUCAACCGCUGCACAAAAGCUUAACGCCACACUUCUUCUCCCCCAAAACUGAAAAGGGCAUUUUCUUUCUUUGAAGAAAACAUACUGGAAGCCUUGAUGUUGUUUAUUUAUAUGCCAAACACACUUAAGAUUGUUGGUAUGAUUUAAGAUCUCAUCUGCAACUCUGUAAAUGUGUCCUUUUCUAUAUCCAUUCAUCUUAACCUGUGAGCUAGAAGCACUUCUGUAACUCUUGACAUCUUUGUGUUUUUCAUUCCUUGAGUGCUGACGGUCUGCAGAAUCUGCAACGAUUGUGUUUUCAGCAUAAUCAAGGAGCUGAUUAUCAGAUCUGACAGCAUUUGUUAAAUGCAAUCCUCUAUUAUUGUAGAAAUGUUUGAGACUUAUAAGUGAACUUAAGGUUUUGACUGUGUCAUUUUCCAUUAACGAAAGCUUGUUUUUCACCUGCUAGAUUGUUCCAUAGCUUUUGUCACUUGCACAAACCUAACAUACGGUAAUAAGUGUGUGUGUUAUCCUUGUUUCUUGUUAUACGUUGCUGUGAGGUUGCUUUGAGUGGUUACCGAGGCAUGUAGAUGUGGAGGGGUUUUAUUAGGUAUUCGUUUUGACUGAAUUUUUUAAAAUCAUAUUUUCUUUAUCACAGCACAGGAAACAUAUCUCUUAAUCUAAAGUGCUGUUUUACAUGCUUCAUAUUUACUCAGUCAGGGCUUCAACAAGCACUCGUUAUUUUUCCUUGUUUUUUACUGUCUCCUAUCUGUUGAGAUUAAGAUUACACAAAUUUAGAAAUUCAAUAAAGGUCUUGAAAAUCCAAA